AUGUAUGGAAUGAGGCUAAACCCAACCAAGUGCUCGUUCGGCGUGGGAUCCGGGCAAUUCCUUAGCCACGUGGUCAACAACAAAGGGAUUGAAAUCAGCCCAGCCCAAGUGGAAGCUUUACUAAAAAAUGCAGAACUAAGCACUGUCAAGGAAGUCCAAUCUCUCACCGGACGCAUAGCGGCACUAAGUCGAUUAAUCUCUAAGUUAUCAGACCGAUGCAAGCCAUUCUUUGAUACAAUAAGAAGUCACAGAAAACAAUCCUGGGGGGAUGAGCAGAGGCAAACACUGACAAAGUUGAAAGAGUAUAUGCGAAACCCACCAGUCUUGACUGCCCCAAAACUAGGUGAGAAGCUUUUCCUGUACCUUAGAGUUUCCAACAUUGUAACUAGUGGUGUUCUGAUACGAUGUGAAGAAGGUAAGCAGUUCCCAGUUUUCUAUGUCAGCAAAAUGCUAACCGAGCCAGAGAGAAAGUAUUUGAAGGUUAAACGAGUAAUAAGCAUUUUGGUUUUUGUGCUUAUUUUUCCUUUGGGGAUUUGCCGGCAUGGCAUUGCUUUAUGGAGGAUGUUUGAGGAAGAAUCCUUUGGUAGUGGCUUGAUGGUCCGGUGGGAUGAUAGGUUUAAGCUGUUGCUUGGAAUUAGUGGCAAUAAAGGUGUUAUGGUGUGA